CGAAGCCAUUCAGGAGGUGUUAAAAGACGUGCAGAGCUUAGAUGCUGCUGGGAAGGCCAGGAUCGAGUCUCCCAGGCACAAGAGUAGAAACACAGCAGCAUCCCUUGCGUACUUUCGCCCUGCCACAUAGCAAGAGUAGAUCUGAGCUGCCAAGCGCUGAGGCGACAAGCGAGAUGGAGACUGACGUUGCGUGGUCGAUCGCUGAUAAGCUUGGUAGGCUCGUCUUGAGAGAGGCCAGUCUUCUCUGGAACUUCAAGGACGAUGUGUACGGCAUGAAGGAGACCAUGGAAAAGCUGGAAGACCGUAUGCGAUAUGCUGACAAUAGGAACUCCGGCGCGGUCGAGGAACCAGCUGAGAUCGUACGGCUCCAGAAGAAAUUCAGGUCCGUGGCCUACGACAUUGAGGACGUCCUGGACGAGUCCAGUGCUAUCGACAAGGUCAAGUAUUCCAAUCCAAUUUACAAGAGGCACACCAUGGCCCACAAAAUAAAGAAAAUUAAGGAUGAGUUGGAUAUUGUUGAAAAAGAGGCUGAACACCUCAAUCUUGUUUAUCCCAGUGCACCGACAAGAAGUGAGGGGAUCGUAGCUGAAGCUAAUAUUGCACGUACAUAUUUUAUGGACACUGAAAUAAUGGUAGGCAGGGAAAAAGAAAAGGUACACAUAAUGAAGUUGCUACUAAAAAGUGAAGCUGAUGAGGAUAUCUCCAUCAUUCCAAUUGUUGGUCUCGGUGGCAUUGGAAAGACAACACUGGCUGGAGCAGUUUUCAGAGACAAGAGAACAAACAUUUUUGAUCUGAAGGUAUGGGUUCAUGUGUCGAAGAAGUUUGAUCUGCUAACAAUUGGGAAAAAGAUCAUAUCAAGCAGGGGUGAUGAAAACAGUGGCACCUCAAUUAAUGAUAAUUUUCCAUGUAUAAAAGAACAAAUAAAAAUACUCCCUCCAAGAAGAUAUCUGAUAAUCUUGGAUGAUGUGUGGGAAGAAGAUAAAGUCAAAUUGCAACAUCUGAUGGAAAUGUUACAAUAUGGUAAAAAGGGCAGUAAGAUCGUAAUGACUACCCGUUCAAAAAAAGUAGUUGAUGUAGUUGAUCAACUGCGUACUGUUUUUCCUGCAAAGGAAGUAAAAAUCUACCAUGUGACCUUGAACAUUUUGUCAGAUAAUAACUGCUGGAAGGUGAUGUGGCAAAGGGAAUUAGGAUCAGAUAAAAACCUAGGAGAAGGCUUAGAAGAAAUCGGGAAGGAAAUUGCGAAGAAGUGUGGGGGUCUACCACUACUGGCAUGUUCUCUUGGAUAUUUAAUGUCCAGGCGCAAGACUACAGAGGCAUGGGAAGAUAUAAGAGAUAGGAUUAUUUCGAAUCCUAAAGCAGACUGUGUAAAAGACAUUUUAAAUUGCCUUAAGUUGAGCUACCACUGCAUGCCUUUCAACUUCAAGCUGUGCUUUACAUACUGUGCUGUUUUCCCCAAGGGUUUUGCUAUCAAUAGUGAUAUUCUGAUCCAACAGUGGAGCGCCCUUGGAUAUAUUAAAUCAGUUGAAGAAGGUAAAAGUUGUAUCGACGACUAUCUUCUGGGGAUGUCCUUUCUUCAAAUUUCACCGUCCUCGCAGGUUGCUCCAAUGCAUUCCAGAGCUCCCUACAAGCUCAUCAUGCAUGAUAUGGUGCACGAACUUGCAAAAGAAAUUGCUGACAAUGAGACAGUUAUUCGAGAUGAUCCAGGAAAAAUGAUAUGGAGUAAAUCUGAAAAGCAUUAUUGCCGACAUAUGCAUCUAGUCAAUUAUGAUAAGGAGCAAUCAGAGGUUCUCAGAAAGGUUCCUGGAAAAAUUAGAUCUCUUCAUUUUACAGGGUGCAGUAGAAUGCUGCUUCAACAGAAUUCAUUCUCCAAAGCCAAGUAUCUGCGUGUCCUGGACAUAAGUGGAUGCUCCAGAGAAGGGCAACAUACUCCAGGCAGCACAGCAAUGUUAUUGCCAUCUAACAUGGAUCGACUCAUGCUGCUAAGGUACCUUGAUGCCUCAGGGUUGCCAAUUUCAACACUUCCAAAUUCAUUGCUUAGACUUCAAAGUAUGCAGACUCUUAUUCUUUCCAACUGCACACUUGAAACCCUUCCAGAUGAUAUUGGCAGCCUCCUCAAACUUUGUUAUUUGGACCUAUCUGGCAAUAGAAGCCUUAAAGAACUACCCAAAUCACUGGGGAACCUCAGCAGACUCUCUUUCCUCAACCUAUCAGGGUGUUCUAAACUCAAAGAGGUGCCUGAAACAAUUCAUUUGCUUCAAUGUUUGCGUCAUCUAGACAUGUCAGGCUGCUGUGAGCUUCAAAAGCUUCCAGAUGAGAUCUGUAUCCUCCCAAAGCUCUUGGUCUUAAACUUGUCAAGUUGUUGCAACCUAACCAAACUACCUGACAAACUUGAACUGAAGACUUUAGAGCAUAUGAACCUAUCAAGUUGCCAUGAACUACAAAACCUGCCGCAAAAUCUUGGCAAGCUUUGCAAUCUUAAGUUCUUAAACCUCUCUGAUUGCCACAAGGUUCAAGUUUUACCUGAUUCCUUUUGCAAUCUUACGAAUUUGAAAGAACUAAACCUUUCAGACUGCCAUGAUAUCAGAGAACUCCCAGAAUGUAUUAAUAACCUAUCCAGGCUUCAUUCUCUGAACCUAACAAGUUGUUAUAAGCUUCAAUCGUUGCCUAGUACAUUCUGCAAAAUGUCUGAGUUGAAGCAUCUCAAUUUGUCAUACUGUGCAAGACUUAAGAAGCUUCCCAUGUCAUUUGGGGAACUGAGGCUUCAAACAUUGGACAUAAGUUGUUGUGUUACUCUCCAUGACUUGCCUGAAGGUAUUAACAAGAUGACUAGUCUCACCCAACUUCACGUCACAUCAGGACAUCCUAGUAUGUUUACAAAGGCUCAAACCAUCAAGAAGGAUCUAAAUAUCACCAACCGCAAUGUGCAUGAUGUUAGUGUGAUUGAUGAUGGAAAAUGUCAGGAGUUAGAAAUUACAGACCUACUGAAUGUCAAUCAUCUAGAAAAUAUAGACAGAACUAAUCUACAUGAUAAUCCAGAGCUUCGGGUGCUACGACUUCGCUGGGAUUGUAGUAUCUUGGAGAAGCAGACAGAUGCAGGGAAUCUUGAUUGCAGUAUCUCAGAGAAGAGGAUAGAUGAGGGGAGUCUUAAGUGCAGUAAACCGGAAAAGAAGACAGAUCUGGGAAAACAGGUGUUGGAGAACCUCAUACCUCCUCGAAGUCUUGAAGACUUUGCGUUAUUUGGAUAUCCGAGUAAGGACUUCCCUACCUGGAUCCAUGACAUCUCCUCCUAUCUCCCUAAUGUCCACAGCAUCUACCUCUAUAAAGCAGAAUGCCAUUCCCUUCCACCAAUUGGACGACUGCCAAAUCUUAGAUAUUUGGUAAUAAACAGCGUUCCCAACAUUACAAAAAUCGGCAAAGAAUUCUAUGGGAAAGAAGGAACCUGUAACAAGUUAAGAUUUAUUUCAUUGGAAUCAUUGGAUAACUUGGCUGAAUGGUGGACAACACGGUCAGGCCACAAACAUGAAGAUUUCUUAAUCCCUAAUUUACUUCGGUUGGAAGUAAAAGAUUGUGCAAAGUUGAAGUUCCUGCCAUAUCCACCCAAGACUAUGUACUGGUACUUGCACAGCAGUGAAGAGGUGUUGCCUGAACAUGGGUAUGGAUUGCUUUCAUCCUCUACUCUGCCUUUUAGUGUGCACAUCGUGGACUGCAGGUUUUCUCUUGAUAAAUGGGCUAGACUUCAGCACCUCGCCACACUUGAAGUACUUGGAAUUGUCGGCUGUAGAGACUUGAGUACCUUGCCGGAGAUAUUCCAAUGUUUUGGCAAUAUAAGAAACUUAUAUCUGAGAUCGUGGGAGAAGCUAGAGAUACUGCCGGAGUGGUUGGGGCAGCUCAUUUCUCUUGAAGUUCUACGAAUCAAAAGUUGCCCCCGCCUAAAAUGUUUGCCUGAAAGCAUACGGAAUCUCACCGCUCUGAAGAAGCUAUACAUUUCAGAUUGUCCAAAACUGAUUGAAGGGGAGGAUGACCAUAAGAUUUCUCACGUCCCAGAAAAAAAGUUCAUUGGUGUCUUGUCCCAAGGUAUUCCAAUGAAGCCUCAGGGAUCUAGGCAUUCAGAUAUGCAGAAACUGCUUGGCUUCUCUUUAGUAGGUGUUGUCUCACUCUGUCUCUACAUCUUGGCGCGGUCAGAACUUAUAUCAAGCUGAGUUGAAGAAACCAUGCAUGAAUCUGACCUGACCUAGGAUUUGAAGUAGAAGCUGUCACGAGAUGAGAUCAUCACCACUCAAUUCAAGCGAUUGAUAUUCCAUCUAAAAGUUAAAGGCAGACUGCAAAAGUUCAAGGACUUGGUUGAAGAGAUUGCUGAGUCAACUUGCAAAGAAUGAAGGCAAUGAAAAUGAAGACAGUUCAUCCACUGCGGGAUUGCUGGAGAAGCUCAGCGUGAGUGAGAGCAAAUCUGAGGAAAGUGUGAAGGCGGAAUCCCAGAAUCCGGCAAGGAGGCAGAAAACCAAAGCCAAGGCAACCCCAUCUGAGUAGAUGGCUUAGCUGCAACUGCGCAGCAGAUCCGCCUGGUGGUUGAGUCAGUUUGUUGGUCCUUCCCGCAAGCGGAAUUUCGGUACUCGUUACCCAUGAAAUUUGCUGCUAACCUUUGGGGUGAGUCGGAGCAGAAUAUUUGAAUGAGUCCAGUUGCGAUGGGACUCGGUUGAAUUUAGUAGUAUAGGGUAGAGUUCGUGUUAUCCUAUGUAACCCGAGCCUCCUCAUAAAUAUGAGAGGAGAGCUGCUAUUGUAAGCAUGAUGACAUAGCGACAAGCUCGCACGGGGAAGACGGCACGAUGCCGGGAUCCCGAAGCGGCCGGUGUUGUGGUACUGGGAGGAGCACUCGUAGUCAUGCCUUGGGGAUGUAGGCUUCAGAUAAACCUCAUCAACAAAGAUUAUG